ACGGAUCGUCACCGUGAAGCUGAGCUUGAUCGCUUCCCCUUGUGAACUCAUCUGAUCUGAGAGUUGUUUCUGUUUCGUAAUCUGUGAAUAUGCUGACGAAGUUCGAGACCAAGAGUAACCGAGUUAAGGGUCUGAGUUUCCACCCUAAACGACCAUGGAUUCUCGCCAGUUUGCACAGUGGUGUGAUCCAGCUCUGGGAUUAUCGUAUGGGUACUUUGAUCGAUAGAUUUGAUGAGCACGAAGGACCUGUUCGUGGUGUUCAUUUCCACAGUUCUCAGCCUUUAUUCGUCUCUGGAGGGGAUGAUUACAAGAUUAAAGUUUGGAACUACAAACUUCACAGGUGUCUUUUCACUCUUCUCGGGCAUCUUGAUUAUAUCCGCACUGUCCAAUUUCACCACGAAAACCCAUGGAUUGUGAGUGCUAGUGACGAUCAGACUAUCCGCAUAUGGAACUGGCAGUCAAGAACUUGUAUUUCCGUGUUGACUGGUCACAAUCAUUAUGUUAUGUGUGCUUCUUUCCAUCCAAAGGAAGACCUUGUUGUGUCAGCAUCACUGGAUCAGACUGUCCGUGUUUGGGACAUUGGUGCUCUUAAGAAGAAGUCAGCAUCUCCUGCUGAUGACCUCAUGCGAUUUAGUCAGAUGAAUUCUGAUCUUUUUGGUGGGGUUGAUGCUAUAGUUAAGUACGUCCUUGAAGGUCAUGAUAGAGGAGUAAACUGGGCUUCUUUUCAUCCCACCCUUCCUCUCAUUGUCUCUGGUGCCGAUGACCGCCAAGUAAAGCUGUGGCGUAUGAAUGAAACUAAAGCUUGGGAGGUGGAUACAUUGCGAGGUCACAUGAAUAAUGUUUCAUCCGUUAUGUUCCAUGCAAAACAAGACAUAAUUGUAUCAAACUCUGAGGAUAAAAGCAUCCGUGUCUGGGAUGCUACCAAGCGAACUGGAAUCCAAACUUUUCGCCGUGAACAUGAUCGAUUCUGGAUUCUUGCAGUUCACCCUGAGAUUAAUUUACUGGCAGCAGGACAUGAUAAUGGUAUGAUUGUCUUCAAACUUGAGAGAGAACGUCCUGCAUUUGCUUUGAGUGGUGAUUCAUUAUUCUAUGCCAAGGAUAGAUUUUUGCGGUACUAUGAAUAUUCAACUCAAAAAGAUUCCCAAGUUAUUCCUAUACGGCGUCCUGGUACCCCAAGCUUGAAUCAAAGUCCUAGGACUUUAUCAUACAGUCCGACAGAAAAUGCAGUCCUAAUCUGCUCAGAUCUGGAUGGUGGUUCUUACGAGUUGUACAUCAUACCGAAAGAUAGCGUUGGCAGGAGUGACGUUGUGCAAGAUGCAAAGAGGGGGACAGGGGGUUCUGCGGUGUUCAUUGCACGAAAUCGGUUUGCUGUUCUCGAGAAAAGCACCAGCCAGGUGCUAGUGAAGAAUCUAAAGAAUGAGGUGGUUAAAAAGAGUUCUCUGCCUAUUCCCACAGAUGCUAUCUUUUAUGCUGGGACUGGAAAUUUGCUUUGUAGGUCUGAAGACAAAGUGGUUAUAUUUGACCUUCAACAAAGGCUUGUUCUUGGUGAGCUUCAGACACCGUUUGUUAGGUACGUUGUUUGGUCUAAUGAUAUGGAGAGUGUUGCUUUGCUCAGCAAACAUACUAUCAUUAUUGCGAGCAAAAAACUUGUCCUCCAAUGCACGCUUCAUGAGACAAUACGUGUGAAAAGUGGAGCCUGGGACGACAAUGGUGUCUUCAUUUACACAACUCUGAACCACAUCAAGUACUGUCUUCCUAAUGGAGAUAGUGGAAUCAUCAGAACCCUGGAUGUCCCAAUCUACAUCACCAAGGUGUCUGGAAACACAAUCUUUUGCUUGGACCGGGAUGGGAAAAACAGGGCUAUCACCAUUAAUGCAACCGAAUACAUUUUCAAGCUUGCACUGCUGAGAAAGAGAUAUGAUCAUGUCAUGAGCAUGAUAAAGAACUCCCAGCUAUGUGGACAGGCUAUGAUCGCUUAUCUUCAGCAGAAAGGUUUUCCUGAAGUUGCCCUCCACUUUGUUGAAGACGAGAGGAUCCGAUUCAACUUGGCUCUUGAAAGUGGCAACAUCAGUGUAGCUGUUGCAUCCGCUACAGAGAUUAAUGAGAAAGACCACUGGUAUAGACUCGGAGUGGAGGCUCUUCGUCAAGGAAAUUCUAGAAUUGUUGAGUUUGCGUACCAGCAGACAAAGAACUUUGAGAGGUUAUCUUUUCUAUAUCUCAUUACUGGCAAUUUAGACAAGCUGUCAAAGUUGAUGAAAAUUGCAGAGGUGAAGAACAAUGUAAUGGGUCAGUUUCACAAUGCUCUCUACCUAGGAGAUGUUAAAGAGCGUGUUAAGAUACUAGAGAAUGCUGGUCAUUUGCCUCUAGCUUAUAUCACAGCUUCGGUUCAUGGUUUAAAUGACAUUGCUGAGCGACUGGCCAUUGAGCUUGGAGACAACGUGCCCACAUUGCCUGAAGGGAAAACUCCAUCGCUUCUAAUGCCACCGCCUCCCAUCAUGUGUGGUGGCGAUUGGCCUCUUCUGAGAGUGAUGAAAGGAAUAUUUGAAGGAGGGCUUGAGAGUGCAAACCGAGGAGGGGCUGUUGAUGAAGAAGAAGAAGAUGUUGAAGGCGACUGGGGUGAGGGACUUGAUAAAUUCGAUGUUGAUGGAAUGGAGAACACAGACAUUGAAGCCAUAUUGGAUGGUGCAGAAGCAGCUGAAGAUGAAGACGACGGGGAAGGUGGAUGGGGGGGACUUGAAGACUUGGAGCUUCCACCAGAGCUUGAUACUCCUAAAGCCUCUGCUAACGCACGUUCAUCUAUUUUUGUGACACCUACUCAAGGUAUGCCCGUAAGUCAGAUUUGGAGCCAGAAAUCUUCCCUUGCUGCUGAGCAGGCUGCAGCAGGAAGCUUCGACACUGCAAUGCGUUUGCUCCACAGACAGCUUGGCAUUAAGAACUUUGCACCUUUAAAAUCAAUGUUUCUUGAUCUGUUCAGUGGGAGCCAUAGCUAUCUGCGUGCCUUUUCUUCAUCUCCUGUGGUUCCUCUUGCCAUUGAGCGUGGAUGGAGUGAGUCUUCCAGUCCUAACGUCCGUGGCCCGCCAGCUCUUGUUUUCGAUUUCUCUCAGCUAGAAGCGAAGCUCAAAUCCGGCUACAAAGCCACAACAGCUGGGAAAUUAUCUGAGGCUCUCCGUGUCUUCCUCUCUAUUCUCCAAACCAUCCCAUUGGUGGUAGUUGAGUCAAGAAGAGAAGUCGAUGAUGUUAAGGAACUGGUCAUCAUUGUUAAAGAAUAUGUCCUCGGUCUUCAAAUGGAGCUCAAGAGGAGAGAGAUGAAAGAUGAUCCGGUGAGGCAGCAAGAGCUCGCUGCUUACUUCACUCACUGUAAACUGCAAACACCUCACCUACGGCUUGCAUACUUUAGUGCAAUGACCGUCUGCUACAAGGCAAAGAACAUGGCUACUGCUGCCCACUUUGCCAGAAGUUUGUUGGAUACAAACCCAACUAUUGAGAGCCAGGCCAGGACGGCUAGACAAGUUAUGCAAGCUGCUGACCGCAACAUGACAGAUGCAACCGCGCUCAACUACGACUUUAGAAACCCGUUUGUGAUAUGCGGGUCCACUUACGUGCCAAUCUACAAAGGACAGAAAGAUGUGGCAUGUCCUUACUGCACUGCCCGGUUUGUACCAAGCCAGGAAGGUAACAUCUGCUCGGUCUGUGAUCUUGCAGUCAUUGGCGCAGACGCAUCUGGUUUGCUAUGCUCUGCGUCUCAAGUCCGGUGAACAAGUCAGAUUGAUUAUGUGCUUCAGUCGUGAGGUAAGUACGAGAUGCUCUUUUUAUGGAAGAAGAGUGUUGAGCUUUUGGUGUUUGUGAAUUUUCCGCUGCAACUUCUAUUACUCUUUAAGUCUUAAAGUUGUUUCUUAUCUUAGCAACAACGCAUGAGAACUUUAUCUUCUUGCUUUAUAUUUCUUUUUGUUUGAUUUUGUUUUUACAGUCUCAGGACAUUUCAUUUAGGCUUAUCGGAUUUUAAACUCGAUCAUUAUGUUGAGAAAUAUAGACGUAAUAUUUUA